GACAGCAAAGUUGCUCAAAGUGAAAUCUAAUUUUAAUUAUAUUUAACUACAUUAAAUAGUAAUAAGUUCAGCUCAUGUGCAUUUUAAUCAUUUUAAACAUCCCCUAAUGAAUAUCAUAAGUGUGUCACAUCAACAUAGGUCAAAAUACUAACCAAAACAACCGAGUAUCAGAUGAUCCAUUGUAUGUCAAGAGUUGUUAUCAACAGCAAUCUCACCUAUAUUUAUUCAGUUUUGUGAUUAAUACUCCUUCAAAAAUGACGGACAUCAAGCCUCAGAUUAUGGCGCCAGCAAAUGGCCUAGUGGACAAAUCACAAGAACUCCAAAAGGAGAUUUUGAUGGAGAAACUUAGGUCCAAAACAUCACAGUACAAAAAUUUGUCUGAGACUUCCAAAGCCGUACGGAUGGCGCUGCUGGACAAACGAUGGGCCGUGGACAGUCAAGACCGAAUGAUCCUCCAAAAAUGUCUGGAUAGCUUGCAACACUGUAUUAAAAUCAGCUCUUUGCAAAGUCUUAUAGAGAGGCUGGAAUGUCUGUCAAGACAACUCGGGUUAAAAUUAGUUGUUGGCACUUCUGGUGUCAACAUGUUUAUUUCUUCAGAUAUGUUUUAUUUGGAAAUACUUGUGGAGUCAUCUGGAUCUGUGAAAGAUGUUAAGAUUCAUCAUGAAGGAAAGAUAGAGCAACAGAGUUGUGAGGAGCUGGUGGCUUGCAUAUCUCGAGGGGAUUUUGCUGAUUUUACGGCUCAGUUGGAAGGCCUCACUGCCGUUUAUCAGCUAAAUGCAGAGAAAAAGGUAAAAUGCAAAGCAUUCAGCGCACUGCAGAGUUUAGAAGAAGACCUGUGCACUCUUCGUCAGCUGCAGACCGUGAACAAGGACCCGUGGGCUCAGGUCCACAAGAGUCCUACGGGCUUUCUACAAAAGCGGAGGGGAGGGCAUGCUAUGCGCCUCACCUACUUCGUAUCACCAUACGAGCUUCUCGACAAAGAAAAAGGACUGCAACCUCUCACUGUUGAACUCCUGUCUAUGGGAAAACCCUCUGCCUCCAGCGGCCUAGCAUCGCUAGUGGCACCCUCUCACACACCUGUAGGGCACUCGGCUACAGUACUAUUAGAGGGAUCCACGGCGAAUAAGCUACAGCUAGCACCUAUCAUUACUAAUGGGAGAGGCGGCAAAGGAGUAGUAGUUGGAACAAAUUCAUACGGCGCGAUGUACGCGCAACUAGUGCCUCAGAAUAGCGCGAUGUUGCCAGCUUGCUUCACUCUCAAGCUGUCGCAGCCGAUGCCCCUGUGUACUGGCCUAGCCAAGCUGAUUCAUGCCACGACCGAGGUGGAGAUAGCGGGCGACUGGGCCAACCCGAUACCGAUGCUGGGUCUUGUGGCGCAGCAGGCGUACAACAAACUAACACCAGGGAAAACCAUCGAGCUUAACCUCAGCAAGGGACUUUUUGUGAGCCUACCUGAACAGACCCAGUGCUACUUCCUAUGCUCGGGCGGCGCGCUACCCGGCCGCGUGGUCCGCAGCGUGCCAUUCACGCACCCCUCCCAUGUACCCCCACUACUGGCCGCGUUACGUCAGCAGGCGCUGUUCAACGCGCUCGUCGCCAGCUGCGUGCGCCCGCAACCAAGACACGCGAUGGACCUAGAGAACGUAGUGAUGUUCGAAGUGAGCGCGCUAACCUGGGAGCAUAUAUCCGUCUCCCUCGAACACCCGUUGGAAGAGAGCAUGGCUACUGUAGAACUGGAUCUCUCAGACGCGGCUGCACCUAGAGCCAGCGUCCAUACACUAGGAGCGCCGCCUAGGGAACCUGUGGAUGAAUAUGUUACCAGGGUGCUACAGAAGAGUCACUCUAUACCAAUAACAUUGAGGUCACUCACGAAAAUCUGGGAGCGCGAAGCAGCAACGAAGCACAUGAACGGAGGCUACUCAGCGUUGGAUUCAAAUUUUAGCUGCGGCCUGGGGGGCAUCGACCCCGGGGGCGACGUCAAGCACGAGCCGGGGGCCAUGGGCGGCCGCGCGCUGUUCCCCUCCAACGUGAGCCAUCCGCACCAGGGAGGUGCAUACCUCUCGGAGCAACAACACCACCACCUCUCGAUGAUGUGCCAAGACUCCGAAAAGCAAACCGACGAUCGAAAAUCGAAGAAGCGAAAAUCCGAUUCCGACCCCUGGCACACCGGGCCUAAGAAAGGCAAGCCGGGGAGUAUGGGGGAACUACAGGAUUCCGAUAGCGAGAGUGAGAACUCAGAUGUAAAUGAGGAUGAUAAUACUAUGAAUAGUAAUUCGACGAACGAUGAGCAGUCGUCGGUGUCUCAGAAUGAGUUCGCGUCGGAUGUGGAAAUGUCGGGUAUAGAUGCGACGGACACGCUCGCGGCCGAUACUAGGCAGUCGUCAGAUAUGGAUAACUCGAAUGAUGGGGAUGUGGAGGAUAUUAUGAGGAAUUCUUUUCACAAGUCUGAGCACAAACGGCAAAAAUUGAAAAAGGAAGAAAACCGGAGUCGGAGCGCUUCCUCCCUGCUGCUGGAGCUGACGGAGGGCAAGUCGUACAUGCCGUCCUCCGUCAGCAUCACGCCCAUCGGCGCCGCGCCCGCGCCCGCGCUGUCCUCCGUGCUGUGCCUCGACCGCCGCCCCGGCAUCGAGAUCAUCCCCAUCACCGCCGCGCCGCCCGCCGCGCUGCCCAGCUCCAUCACCAUCACCCCCAUCACCAACUCCCAGCUCAAAUCCCUCGACAUACGCUCCGAGAAGAAGUCCAGCCGCUCCGAGGAGCGCAGCAAGGAGAAGAAGAAGAAACGCCGCCGGGACGAUUCCAUGGGUCCGCCCGAGAAGGUCCCACCGAAACAGGACCCUCUAACGAAACCCGUGUCCGUCAGCAUCAAGCCCACCGACGGGUCCCCGAUGCGCGCUACCUCCCCAAACUCGCUCCUGCGGAAAUUCAGCCCGAGCCCCACCCACGGCCGAUCCGUCUCCAUCACCAAAUCUCCCAGCCCCAGCUCUGUCAAAAGCAUGGGCAAGCCAUCCGGCACCUCCAGCCACCACAGCAGCCCGCGCCACUCGCCCGUCCAGAACAGCCCCAAACACCUCUCCGGGUAUUCCAGUCCAAAAAACCACAGCAUAUCCUCCCCUAAACACAGCUCGUCCGGAUCGGGGAAACCUAGCAUGUCAGCCCUUAAAUCCGCCACUAGCGGCUCACCCUCCGGCAAGUCCGGCACCACGGGCUACGACCUCUCCAAAAAGAUAUCCAAAGACAGCUACGGCUCCGGCUCCUCCGCCUCCCGGGACAAGGAGAAGAAACAUUCCGGCUUAUCUUUUUCCAGCUCGGGUAGAAGUAGUCCUAAAUUAAAAAACCCGAUGAAGCUCAAAGCGCUAGAGAUAACCCCGAUCUCCUGUGAUACACCGGUCAAUGAACCCCUCAUCUCCCCGCCGAACGUCGAGGUGAACAAGUCGAACGCGCCCAGCCAGGCGCGCAACCGGAAAGGCUCCCUCAGCGCUGUGAUAGACAAACUCAAAUCCGCCCAGCACUGCGGCCCCGAAACCGAACUGGGCGGCGGCAAGUCGAGCUCAUCUAGUUCUAGUAAAUUCUCGGAAUCAAAAAACAGUUCAAGUAGCAGUAGUAAAAUCAGUGAGAAUAAAAAUCAGGAGUACAUGGUGAAGCCGAGCUUAGACGGUAUGAAGAUCACAAUCAAUAAAACGAGGACUAAGGACUCAUCCAGCAGUAGCUCCAAAUUAAAUUAUAGUAGCUCGAGCUCCAAUAAACAGUCCUCGCCGCAGCUCACUCCUCCGAGUCAGGGCUCCCCGAAGACCCACACGGGGCUGAAGCCUGGCGUCAUGAGCGGCCCCGCAUCCAAAAAAACUCAGGUGAUGCAGUCCUCCAAGUCGAGCACCGUGACGCCCGGCUCCACGCCGCCCAAGGUCAACACCAGCCCCUCCGAGUCUUCGGGCAACUCCAGCGGCGUGCCCAAAGUGCCUUAUUCAAAGUCUUCCAGCUCCAGUGCUGGUAUGAACCUAUCCAAAUCCGCUUCGAAAACCAGCUCCGGCUCUCCAAAAUCAAGCAGCACCGACAUGUCCAAAAUCAUCAGAGACCGAGAACGAGAAAAAGCGCGAACGAAACUAAUGAGCAAUUCCGAAAAAUCCAUAUUCUCAUCUAAAUCUGAGCGACAUUCGAGCCCGAGCGGGUCUAGGGAUGACGUCGACGGCGACAGGUUUAAAACUGCCGCUAAAGAGUCCAACUUUUUAGUGGAAGGUCUGAUCAAACCCCUCGACACCAGUAAAUUCCAAAUACCCAAGUUGAAAAACCAGAAUACUCCCGAUAAGAACAGCCCAGUAUCCCAGUACGACAGUCGGUCGCUGGUCAACGAUUUCGCUCGCACACUGGAUCAGGGCAAAUAUCCGUUCCCGCACUACGAUAAUCCGAACGCUCGAACGCCCGAGGCUUUGCAGAAAUCGGCCUACCCACUAAACGUUCCGAAACCAUUAUUAAACAUGGGUUCAUUAAGUCCGAAAACCGUUACGCCCGGUAAAAUAGAACCAGAACGCCCUAUAGAAUACUCUAAGGUUUCUGAGAGUAUAUCAAAAGGCGAGAGUCCCCAACGCAGCAAAGACGAGAAAGACUACACCGGAUCAUUUCCGCUGAUGCCAUUAGAUUUUAAAACGGAGAUAGCUAAAGGAUUCGCCGCUCCGAAGGGGUCAGAAGACAGGAAGGGUGCGGAUUCGUGUAUGAAGCCGCCGGCGAGCGGGGCUAUAGCUCGAAGCGGGGCCACGACUCCUCAGGAGGCGGCCGAGAUGUUACUAGACUUCUCGUCGUCAUCAGGUAGCAAAGUGUCAGGGCUGGUGGCGGUGCGGCCUGUGUACCCGGCGUCGCCCGCGCUGCUACUCGCUAAGAGCCCCGCGCCGUCGCCGCUAGUGGCGCCCUCGCCGCACUCCAACUCACCCUGCAUCACCGACGAUGAGCUCAUGGACGAAGCGCUCGUCGGUCCCGGAAAGUAAACACAUUUAUAUACACCCCAGGCAGGAUUACAUAUGUGCUAUUUUCAAGCAAAUAGAUAUCACAGUGUCACUUAAACAUAAGGACGCUUUUACUUGAAAAAGUCACAUAUUAUAACGUUUUAUUUGAUGACUGUCGCGCCUGUUACUCAUGCUUAAAAAAGUUUGGCGAAAGAGAUUCAAUUGUCACGUCAAAGGAUGAGGAAAGAAUUCUGUUAAAUUCCUGUUGCCAUAAAUGUAAGUACCUACCUAAGGUAAAUCUCAUUUGAAUCUCCUUCGCUACGCUGGUUUUACUCAACGAUAUUAAGCUUAAGGAAUUAAUUGUAAUUAUUGUUUCACCAUCUAAUUUAUCGAGGUUAUAUUUAUUAAUGAGGUAACUGUCUCUAUAAUUGUAGGUUUAAUUAUGUGUUCUGUGUUCAUGUAAUCAUACCAAGUAUUUUGCAAUGUUCAUAGAUUUAGAACAUAAUUUAUUCUGCAUUAUUCAUUUGCUGUAUAAUAUUGUAAAUGUAUAAUUAUAAAUGUCGAAAUUCUGAAUUCAAUUACAUAAAUGUCCAUGUAAAUGUAUAUAAAAAAAAAGAACCAGUUAAAUAAUACAGAAACAAUUAGAGUAAGGUACAAUGAUUUCGUAAACUAAGAGCGUACAGUCAAAUUGUUAAAUAUAGAUGCGGUCAAAGUGUCAAAAACAUGUUUCCACCAGCACCACCUUAUUAAUGCAAGCAAUAAAGUCAUGUCUACAUAUUUUUGCCAUUUUGUUCGCAUCAUAUGUAGUACCUGUACAGUCAACCAAUUAGGCCACUGUAGAAAUGUCAUAGUGGCGUUAUAAGUCAGAUUGUAAGAAAUCUCUUACUGCUUGUCAUUUUGACAUCGUUGUAGAGUGGCCUAGAGUUCCAAUUGGUUGACUGCACCUAGGAUACAUUGUGUCAUUCACAAGGAUGUGUGCCUUGGUUCAUAUUGUCAUAGCAUUAAAGGAGGGUUGUCAAACACGGCCGUCAUCGUGAAUGGCACAAUCUGUAGUAAACCAAUUGUUUACCUUUUGUGUACAUACGUUAUAAAACCAAUUUAUUAAUAUAUAAUUAAUGAUUACGAAUAAUAAUUAAAUGACGGUAUUGGAAGCUUAUUAAUUGGAAAAGAUUUUUUAGAAAUAAAGGUAAAUAAUUUAUUUUGAUGUCGUUUUAUUGAAAGCUCAAGACGUAAC